CUAACCACGAUGAAGGCGCUCACGCAAAAGCUGUGUAAUUUGCUCUCCACCGCACCAUCCACUACGGUGCGUUUGCGGUGGAAGAACGAGCAUGAAGCUUUCGGGAGCUUUGUGGCCUUCCUCGACAAGGAAGAUGACGGCGACGACGAGCCGAUACUUUCCAGACAAGGACACAGUCAGUCCCAAGCCUAUAUCAGCGCUCUGCCGACAGAACUUCUCGGCCACAUCUUCAUAGAGGUCUGCCGCGCCAUGGUCCCGAAUGUCCUCGCCUUCGACCCGUCGCACGGGUAUUUCGGCCCGCAUUUCUGGAACUUUCAAUGCAGCUACGUGUGCGUCCACUGGCGUCAAGUGGCCCUCAGUACCCCACAGCUCUGGGCCUUCAUUGACUUUUCGACUCCGAGACGAACCAAGCUUUGCUUUCGCCGUGCGAAGGCAACUCCGCUUGUCAUAGCUUGCCGCAUUCUACCGUAUUUGGUGCCGCGGAAACGUCGCCACGCGAAGGCGGCGCUUGAGGGCCGUCUUUGGCUGGUGCUCGAGCGCGGGAGGAAGCAGGUCAAGGAAAUUCGUCUCCGUGGCUCCUGGAUUCAUACAUACGUUUCGUAUACUUUGCGGCAUCGCUCGGGCUUCCCGCUCCUCACCGAGAUGGUCCUCGAUAUUCAGAUGGACAACACCUAUGCAUCUAAGACACAAUUCCCGCCGCAAUCGCCUCCAACAAACCCGCUCUUACACACGCUCGAUACUGGAGGGAAUGUGGGCGACAUCGCUCAGUUUGGACAGACUUUGUGCGCGCUUCGCAUUGCGUGGGACCCCAAUGCCGAAGGCGAUCUGCUGCACGUCCUUUCCGCCUGCAGCCGCCUGCAAACGCUGACCGUCCACGCAUCCUCGCGCCAUCAAUCGCCGCCCCUCCGCAUCCCCGCCAGACCGACACUCCUCCCUUGUCUUCUUUCGAUUGACAUCACAGAGGACGGGUUGGCCCCGUCUGCCGCUAUGCUACUUUUGAAUAACAUCUCCCUCCCGCGGCUAGCCUCCUGUCGUGUCAAAUUUCGGGACAAUCCGCCAGACGCCGAACACAUCAGGAGCAUUCUCGCCACCCACUUCCAUGAUGCGGCUCCCACAGCCCAGACCAUAAUUGCGGAUCCCGACGCGCAGUACACCCUCCGGUUCUCCCUCGCGUUCCGCUUCUGUGCGAGUCUGGAUCCGGCUCUGGCCGGGCCCCGCGAACUAGCGCUCUCGUGGGUUCGUGAGUCCCGUCCGAGUCGUGACCCCACCGCGCAGGUCGCGUUCGCCGCCGCGUGGAGCGCCGUUGACACGCUCUCCCUUUCCCUGGGCGCCGAGGACCAUAUGGCGGAAGGUCCUCGACCCUGGGUCCAUGCCAAGUUUGCGGCAGUUGACGAUUGUGUUGCGCACAGAGGCAUUGGAUAUGGGAACAGAGGACUGGGCGCGACUGCUUGA